UCUUUCUUAAGAAAGAAAAACCUACCAAAUGGUGAAAGCCAUGUAUCUCUUCGUCUUGCUGUUGUUCCUUGUUUUCAACGGCCAGAUUGAAAGCAGCCCAUUCCCACAUCACUUAGGCCCACGUCCUGUACAUAAACACAUAUUCAUCUUAGCCGGUCAGAGCAACAUGGCCGGCAGAGGAGGGGUCCACAACGGUACAUGGGAUGGGUACAUUCCCUGCGAGUCCCGGUUAGACCCAUCCAUCGUCCGGUUGAACUCCCAGCUUCAAUGGGAGAAGGCCCAUGAACCGCUCCACGCUGAUAUCGAUGUCAACAAGGCGUGUGGUGUGGGCCCUGGCAUGGCCUUCGCUAAUGCCAUCAGAUCUCAGUGGAACGUUCCUCUUGUGGGUCUGGUUCCAUGUGCCAUUGGAGGGACCAAGAUCAAGCUGUGGGAGCGAGGUGAGGUGCUAUAUGAGAAUAUGGUUAGAAGGGCGAAGGAGUCUGUGAAGGAAGGAGGGAUGAUCAAUGCUCUUCUUUGGUACCAAGGUGAGUCGGAUACCAUAACAGAGGAGGAUGCGGAUGCAUACAAGUCGAACAUGGAGAAACUCAUCCAAGAUGUACGUUCCGAUCUAGGGAUGCCUCUGCUUCCAGUAAUCCAGGUAGCUCUUGCAUCAGGUGAAGGUCCUUACAUAGAGAAGGUAAGAGAAGCUCAGAAAAGCAUCACUCUUCCAAAUGUUAUGUGGGUCGAUGCCCAGGGAUUGCCAUUGAAUGAGGACCACCUACAUCUAUACACACAUUCUCAGAUCCUCCUUGGCAGGAUGUUGGCUCUUGCCUACUUAACCCAUUUUGCAAAUCCCCACUUCUAAUCUACACUUUCUUUUGAUACACCUGAUUUUUGGGCCCAACAUAAGACAUGGGUCACUUGUAUUUUAUAGCAUGUAUGUUCCUGACAAUAUUGAAGGGCCAUGUUGGAUCCAUGACUUAUUAUUAUUAUGGAACAAAUGGAAAAUAAAAUAUAAAAAAAACCAUACCUUUA